GAAAUGUUUUGACAUUUACCGACCGACCUCUAAAUGCAUAAAUAAAUGUUUUUACAAAUUUUCCACUCAACAAAGUUCAAAAAAUAAUUAAAAUUAAAUUUAAAAAACUCCUCCAUUGAUAUUUAAACAACAUGGGAAAAACAGAAGAAGUUGUUUUGUCUGAAGCCGACUUAGAUUGGAUUCAAAUGAAAAAAGAUUUCGAUUCUAUGCGACCAGAAACAACGAGAGAGAAAAUGCUUCGUAAAAUGAAAUCAAAUCCAGUUGUUCCAAUUGGAUGUCUUGCAACAGCAGGUGCAUUAGGUUAUGGCCUGUAUAACUUCCGAACCGGCAAUCGGAAGAUGUCUCAAAUGAUGAUGCGAACUCGAAUUGGUGCUCAGGCAUUUACCCUGGUCGCCUUAAUUGUCGGUGUAGUCUUUACAUAUAAGAAAGAAUGAAAACUAAGUAAAUGUUAAAAAUAAAAAAAAAUUGUUACUUGUUUAUAUAAGAUUUAAAAAAAAAUUGUCUGCAUUUCUCAUAAACACUCAUAAAAUCUGUAUGCUUGAUAUGGUUUUUACUGGUUUUCGAAUUAUAAUAAUGAAAAAAAGUUUAAAUUGGUUUCCAUGAAGUAAAUACUGCGGUCAUAAGGAAAUGGAAUUAAAGAACUAUUGUUUA